AUGGAUAACUUCGACAAAGCACAUUUUUCUUCUUUUGUUUUUUUUUUUUGUGCUUGCGAAACAAAAUAUGCACCAAUCCACGAUUGGUCGCUUCGCUAUUUGAAAAUCGCAUUACUUUAUUAUCAUUUUGGUUUGGUUAGUUGUCAAGUUUUGACAUUUACGCACACCUCUAACCCAUUUCAAUCUCUUCAUUGUGGUGGAAUAGACUUCCACUUACUGGAAUUUUUCUCUUUAUCUUAUCUCUUCAAUAAGAAUUUGUAUAGGAUUUUAGGGCCUGUUGAAGAAAAUCACUUAAAAUUUCAACUCACCUUGUUGAUAAAAAAGUCACCGAAACAUCUAUCACUUUUGUUUAGAUCUGCAUCCUUUGAAGAUGAUCAUUUUCCAUACUUUUUUGCGCAUAAUUUAUUCCAACAUGUGUGUUGGAAAAGGUCCAUUGUUAUGGCAAUUAAUGAUAGGCGGCCUUGGCAACCAAUGGAUUUUUUAUUUGGAAGUGACAGAGAAGACGGUGCGAGUUCGUGGGAUAACUACCAUUUCAUUGCUCUGAUGUUUGCCCCUACCAAACAACCUGAAUUCUCCAUGCCGAAGCCUCCGUUUAUUGUGCUCAUUUUACAAGAAGAGAACGAUUGGGAAUCGUGUGGUCCAACUGCCAUUAAAAAGAAAUCAGGAAAUUUAGCAACCCUCUAA